GUAAAGUCAGGUGUUUAAACCACUAGAAAUGGGGAGAUACAGUUCCAGCCCUGACGUCAGAAGAAGGAAAGCUUCAUACUCUGGCAGUGAUUCCUCUGAUGACAGUUCACGCGAUAGAAAAAGGUCAAGGUCACGAGACAGACAACAAAAGAAAUCUAAGAACAGUCAGAGGAAUAGACGUUCAAGAUCAAGAUCAUUUGAUAGAAAAAGACGUUCUCGGUCAAGGUCAUAUGAGAGAAAAAGGAAUUCACGUUCUAGGUCAAGUUCACCUGAAAGGAAAAGACGUUCAAGGUCAAGGUCGUUUGAUAGAAAGAGGCGCCAGAAAUCUAGAUCACCUGAAAGGGGAAGGAAUUCUAAUGGUUAUUUACACUCAGACAAACGUUCAGCUAAGUCACCUCAGAGGUACAGGUCAAGGUCACCUAUUUUUGAACCAUCUUCAUCCAGAGGGGAUAUGUAUGGACAUGAUGAUAGGUCAUCUCCAAGGAGAUUCAACAGAGAGGAGGGGAAUAGUGACAGAUCACAUCAUUUUCACAGUCAUGGUAGAACGGGGCGCUACAACAGAGGUCAUAAUGGCAUGCUCCCCGACUUUUUUGACAGACGGCGAGAAGAAAGAGAAAGAAUAGGGGAGAUGGGAAUCUUUGAAUGUUGGGGCCAGUCACCCACACAUGCCACUAUUUCAGACUCAGAAUCGGAAUCAGACAGUGACAAGUCAGCUGCCAGUGGUUCUUCUUCAGAGGACAAAAAGAAAAGAAACAAAAAGAAAAAGAAGAAAGAGAAAAAACACAAGAAGAAAAGUGCUAAGAAUAAGAAGAACAAGAAAAAGAAAUCUAAGAAAAGGAAGAAAAAAGAGACAGACUCGAGUGCCAGUGAGUCGGAGAGUGAAGAAGAAAUGUGGCUUGAGAAAAAAGUGGAGACAGUGGAAGAGGAGGAUGUAGUGGGUCCACAGCCAUACCAACCAGAGAACACUGUCGCAAGGAUGGACUAUGGUAAAGCCUUGCUGCCUGGUGAGGGUGCUGCUAUGGCUGCGUAUAUCGCCGAGGGAAAAAGAAUCCCCAGGAGAGGAGAAAUCGGACUGACCAGCGAUGAGAUAGCCAGCUUUGAGCAAUCUGGAUACGUCAUGAGCGGCAGCAGACAUCGUCGUAUGGAGGCUGUCCGUCUGAGAAAAGAGAACCAGAUCUACAGCGCAGACGAGAAGCGAGCGUUGGCCAACUUCAACCACGAAGAGAGGUCCAAGAAAGAGAAGAAAAUCCUCACACAGUUCAAGGAGAUGAUCCGAAAGAAAACGGAAAACAAACAAUAGAAUUAGGAUAUGGACAAAGGAUUAUUGGAAAGAAAUAUCAGAUUUCCAGUGAAAUGUUAUAUGCUAAUGAGCAUAUUGUAAAAAAAAAUCUCGGAUUUCCAAAGUGAGAUGUACAUGGUAUUUUUUUCAUUGUACAUAUAACUAAAAUCUGUGA